CCGUAGUUGGUGUGCUCCUGUUGGCGGGCCGAUGAGAAUGUCAACAUUCAGGGCGAGAGACUAUGGAGGAAGCCGCUAAGCGUCGGUCUGAUGAGCCCAGUUUAACAGAGUCUGGUCAAACCAGUGAGAAUGCGAGUUCGGACGGGUCGGUUCAGACCGGAGGCCCUGAAACUGUCUCGGUGAAGUCGGCUAAAUGUGAGCCGCGGCGGAGCAGACUGAAAGUCUUUAAUAAAGUGAUGGAGAAAAGCCUGCAGCGGCUGGUAGCGGAUGCCAGUUUCAACAGGUUUGCCCACUCUUUCCAUCCACUGUGCAAGCAGAAUCCACAGAUGGCCGAGGUCAUCCAUAAGCAGUUCAUAACCGAUCUGCAGAAAGCUAUCCAGGAGGACAUAAACAGAGUGAUAGAGGAAGGGGACCUGCAGGUGAAACUGGAGGAGUUGGACAAACUAGAAGAGCAAGCUAAAGACACGCCAGGGCCUGCAUGGCGACCUAGUGGCCUUCCUGAGCAGGAUGUGUGCAGUAUGUUGAUUCCGUAUCACCAGGGGCAGGAGGAGUAUGUGCACAGAGAGCUGAGGAAGCUACAAAAGGAGAACGCAGCUCUGGCUCAGAGAGUACAGGCUGGCCGAGACGCCAUCACACAUACAGAACAGCGCAUAGCAGCAGCUGUGGAUGAGUGGAAGGCAUCUGUUGCUGAUUUGGAGUCAUUUGUCUCGUCACUUUGUCCAUCUGAAAAUUUUGAGUCUCUUUGAGUUCCUGACCUGCGGACCAAAUCAGCGUUUUUUUCAUAGUUAAAACUGUAUUUUAGUUAUUUUUAAACUAACUUGUAUUGUUUUUAUUCUGCCGAAUGUAUUCCAUUAAAUCUGUCUCUUGUUG